UCCGGGUUGCAUAUUUUCUGCAAACUGUUUGAUUGCACAUUAUUUGCAAUAUUUAAUCAAAUUAGUUUAAAAGUUUCUGACUUUAUGAAUAAAUCUUCAUGAAUCCCGGUGUCAAAUCAUGUAACUAUAUAAAAGGAUAAAGUAUUAUAGAAAACUACCAGAAGAAAUGAAAUCUUCCGCUAAACUUAUUCUUCUUCUGUUCGGUUUGUUGGUUUGGAUUGAAGGUUUGAAGGCGGCUACGGUAGAAUGUAAUAUGGAUAAAGUUCACCAAAAAAUGCCUAAAGAAGAUGAAAUAGAGGAUCAAGAAACUGUGAAAAGGAGUUUUAGGUUUAAGGGCUCCAGAAGAUUCCUGGGCCCGAGGAGCAGUCAGUUUAACCGUCUGCUCGUCACCCUACUUCAUAAACCUCCUGUAGUCCAAAGGCAGAAAAGGUAUUUUCUGCAGAAUUUUGCUCCUCCUAUUUCCAAUUUUCACCCAGACUUUGCUAUGGGCGGGUUCUUGAAACAAGCCCAAAUAUCCAAAAAGAAAAAUAGUUUAAACCAACUCGGAGGAAAUCUAGGACUGGCAACCAACUGCCAACGGAACGAUGGAGAUAUUAAUAAGAUCAAAAUCGAAAACAAGAAAACUAUUCUGGAGAGGGAGAAAGAAAAUGGAGGUUGGAUUGGAAAAUGGAGAAUGAACAGUCUUGGCUGGAUUGGAAAUAGAGGGCUCAUGGAGAACUGGACUUUUGAAAGAAAAUAGAUGCUGCUCUUGAAAGAAAAUAGAGGCUGCUUUUGAAAGAUUAAAGGCUGGAGAAAACAACCCUUCUAGAAGAAAUGUAAAGGCUGGACAAAAUUAAGUUGAACUGUAUAUAGUAAAAUUGGAGACUAUCAAAGAAAAUGGAGCACUUAAUAAAUUGGAGGUCAUUUCAUA